AUGCACUCGACCGUUUCCGGGCGCAUCGUCAAGCCUCGCAAGGCCAACAGCACUCCCCAUCAGAAGAAUCAUCGAUGGGAGUCCUUCACGACCAAGAUCUCGAAGCUGCACUCGCUCGACCCGCUCCGCAAAAUUCGAAGACACGACCUCGACAAGGAAGAUCUCGAUGCCGCCACAUCAUAUUUCAGAAACGGCCUGGAAAAAUGGACGGACCUCAACAUCUCAAAGCCGUACAUGGCCUUCCGGCGCGAGGUGCUGCCCUGGUCUGACAGCCUGCCUCAGAUCCUUCACUUCCAAGACAAGAUCUUCGAAGCCCUGUCCCGGUAUAUCUCGGCUUACGACAAAGAGGCUCUCGAGCCGCUUCUCGAUCUCUUGACUGCCUUUGCUCACGAUCUCGGCGCCCGCUUCGAAAAGUACUAUCCUGCAGCCCUGUCGUUGAUCGUACAAGUCGCAAGCCGGCCGCAGGACGCUGCUGUGAUAGAGUGGACCUUCGCCUGUCUUGCCUUUCUGUUCAAGUACCUGUCGAAACUCAUAGUACCGAACAUCAUCCCUACAUACGACACGCUCGCUCCGCUGCUGGGCCGCGACCGAAAUCCACCACAUAUCGCACGAUUCGCGGCCGAGGCACUGAGCUUUCUAGUCAAGAAAGCUGCUGCGCCAGCGCAUCGCGAAAAGGCCCUUCCUCGCUUGAUACAACAUGCUCGAGACGACCUCGACAAGAAUGCUGAGAGUCGACAGCAUGGAUUGUACUACCAUGGCCUGGCAACUAUGUUUGCCGAGGCCAUGAAAGGUCAAGGCCAAGUAGUUCAUACGACCGGCCCCGAAAUCUUAAGGGCACUAAUCGCGUCCGUGCCUUCUGGCCAGUCAAUCUCAACGAGAUCGGCAAUGUGGUCCGACCUUGUCUGCGCAGUCCUUGUCAGUCUUGUUCACCACACAAGGUCUGAGACUUUCACACCAGUUCUCGAAGUCGUCUUGGAUUGUGCCCAGGGCGAAUCGCUUGAGGGCGGCGAGUCACCGCGCAAUUGCCUGUACAUCAGGCUACUCGGCACCAUCACGGGCGUACGCAAGGGCAGUCGUAUCACGAAAUGGCCAGAGGUGCUGACCACGCUGCUGGACUGUCUCAAGGGUGCUGCGAAAGGGCUGCCGUCGUUGCACGACGAGGCACAAGCGUUAUUUUGGCAACAGGUCGUGGUCAAUGUCGCUAUCGUCUGGCAGCAAGCUCCAGUAGACGCGAUCAUCCCUUGCCUCACCACCUUCAGCAAUCUCAUGUCGAAUGAGCCACUUAUGCGCUGGUUCAUUCCAUUCUGCUCUUAUUUCUCGCAGCUGGACCCGGACAGGUUUCGCAGUUUAUUUCUCAAGCAGUUUCAAAAGUUUGUGGUCAUGCACUGGUCUGAAGAGCCAAAUGAAGAACUGCUAUGUGUGCUCUUGCCACGGAUGAUCGAAGGUCGAGGGCUUCCCAGGCUAUCCGACACCGAAGACUUUUCAUUGCCCCAGUCUUGGCAAGAUCAAAUAGUCAGCACGUUUGAAAGGCUGGAGGUCUCACCAUUUCCCGAGCAGGGUGCUGCGAACGCAUGCGACAAGGACCCCAAAACAUGGCGCGACAAAUGCCUCCCAAAGUACUCUGCUUUGCUUCAGCUCCUCGAGAUUACGACCGUGCGACCUUCGACUUAUGGCCCCGUGGCAGAGCUUCUCUUGAGAAAGCUAAAGCUGGCUUUGCGACCUUCUCAGUCUAUUGCGACGGAUGAAGCCCGGUUCAUUGUGACCCAGGGCUUCUCUGCCUACCUCAAGAUGGCAAAAGCGACUGGGCAGCUUGAUAGCUCUAUCGGUCCACUGCUGAGAGCCGCCGCGCCCAGAUAUCAUGACUUGACUGGAUUCCUGGAGGCAAUGAUCGAAUAUGAAGAGCGGCUGAAUGGCAAGGGUAGCCCCGAAAGUGAAGGCUCUAGCCAAGAUGGCGAGGAGAGCCCUCUGCUCAAAUGCCUCAUUGACAACCUCUCUGCGCCCUCUCAUCGUCAUCGUCUUGCCUCGCUUCGUCUGCUGGGUCGCUUAGAUGCUGCUGCGGAUCAGCAGGACGCACUGGCAAUUAUGCUUCAAACGGAGGAAACACCACUGGACGUGCAGAACAUCAGAGCCAUCUCAGUCCACCUGCGCAAGUUGGCAAUGGUGUACCCAAAUAUCGAGGAGGGCUCAUGGCUGUUGCGCGCCAUACCAUCCUUUUUGUUUGGAGUCUUGACGGUACGCCUCACACCGCUCUGGGAUGCUGCCGUUGAAGCGCUGGCGCAGAUUGGCUCGACCAAGCAUGGGGAUGAGCCGGUCGCUGAGCUAGCUUUCAAAUGGUUGGAAGUCUCGUCCAAACGAUGGGAUGGCCCAGUCAACGACUCGAUUGCUCAACAGAACAAAGGCCGUACCGACUUUGAAUGUCCCAACCUGGCCCGGCUCCAAAGCAAAGGCAUGGAGGUGCAAAAAGUGGUGGCAGAACCUUCUGAGCUCCUCCUUCAGGCAUUCGAAGAGCAGCAAGAACUCACCCCACCAAAUCCCGAGAAUGCUCGCUCCCAAGCCCUUAGAGUCCUGGCCGCUUCACCUGCUUUAGCUGAGAAGCGCUCACGAAGACUUGUGCCAUUCUUCCUGGCCUGGAACCACGACAACUCGCAACAAGACAUCUCUGAUGAAGAGGAGCACCUUGAUGAGAUGUCUACAGAGUCCUGGUCGCUGUUUGACAAGAAGGCUCUCAUCAAGGUUUUUGCACAGUUCACAAACCCGAAAGUUCUCUUCCAGAGCCAGCAGGUAUAUGAUGCUCUGCUGCGGUUAUUGGGGAAUGGCGAUCUCGAAGUGCAGAAAUCAUCGCUGAAAGCAAUUCUUGCCUGGAAACAGGAAGGCGUGAAGCCCUACCAAGAGAACCUGGAGUAUUUGCUCGACGACGCCCGUUUCAAGAACGAGCUUACUGUGCUAUUUCAAGGUGAUCAUCAAAUCAAGCCUGAACAUCGCCAGGAGAUGAUGCCUGUGCUGCUCAGACUGCUCUAUGGACGCACAAUUUCGAAGAAAGGUGUCGCAAGUGGUCGAGGCGGCCAGCACGCAACCAGGCUGGCUGUGUUACGCCAGCUGAACGUCCAGGACAUUGGUGGAUUCUUGGAUAUUGCUCUGGGAGAUCUGCAAGGCGUUCAUGUGGUGGAGGACUCCCAUGUACGCGAGGCAGCUUUUACGCAUGACAUCUUGCCGAUUCGAAAGCAAGCGGGUUUUCUGCGUAUGGUUGAGGCCAUCAUCGACGAAUUGGGCGAAAGCGUGCAGUUAUACACCGAGAAGAUGCUCCAUCCGGUACUCUAUUGUCUGGUUCAGGCCUGCCGAAACCUGAGGGAUAAUGGCGACAAUGAGGAUGACGAUGCUCAAGGUCUCGAAAACGUCUCGCUCCACCGGACUGUGAGGCUCUCUGCACUGAAGUGCUUGAUUGCACUGCUUCGCAAGGCUCCCAGCUUCGAGUGGAACCCUUUCAAGGAGAUCAUCGUUCGGGAGGCCAUCAGCCCUCGCGUGGAGAAACUGCCGGUCGAGAACACGCAAGGAGUAUCAGCAGUCAUGCAACUUAUCUGGACGCUUUCAGCGCUCCCGAGGACUGCACUGUUUCUUGCCAUUGAUGAUCAGAUUGUCCGCCAGCUUACCAAUUGCCUGCUUGUGGAGAAGUCCAAAGACGAGGUCAAGGUUUUUGCCCUGAGCGUCAUCCGCAAUCUCAUCAAGUUAUCUCAACAACCCGCUGUCGAGUCAGAAUUCAAUGAGCUCAUUGAGGAAGAGCUCCUUCAGCCCAACCUGGAUCUUAUCCUGUCGAACAUCACGUUUGUCCUGAAGGCCAAGGGAGAGAUCGGCAAGGAUCUCCUCACCGCUUGCGUCGAAUCUGUCGUGGAGUUGUCGCCGCUGCUCCGUCAAUAUGGCCAAGCUGCAGAACUUAUUGACGUAGCAGUCUUCCUGCUGAGCGAGCCAGCCAGGCGGGUGAACCCCAAGGUCAAGGGAAGCAUUCUGUCGAUUCUCGAGAGCAUGCUUCAGAUUGAGGACGUCAAGGCCAACGAUGAGUUGUACAGCAAAGUAUACUCCGCUGUCGCGACACUUUUCGGAUACUUCAAGGACCGCACAAACCGUCAAGCACUGUGCAGGGUUCUCGCUAUCCUGGCCAAGGACUCCGAAAUUGACCAAGAAGUUUCCGCACUGAGUUCUAGACUCAACGCCUUCAAAGAGAACCGCAUGGAUGAACCAGACUUUGAGACAAGACUGUCCGCUUUCAACGCCAUCACGAAGGCUCGGGAUGUCCAGUUCACAGUCAGGGAAUGGGCACCGUUGAUGCACAACAUGCUCUUCUACAUUCGUCGUGACGAAGAGUAUGGCGUUCUUUCUGCCAACGCAGCCGACUGCAUCUGCAGAUUCAUCGAGAUCACUGCUGGGCUUGAGACACCUGCCAGGGACGAAUAUCUCACUAUGCUUGGCGAUGUUGUCCUGCCAGCGAUGCAUUCGAACGCGAAAGACGAAUCCGACACGGUACGCCGCGAAACCGUGAAGGUGGUUGGCGUCAUGGUUGCAACACUACCCGACUGGGCUCCAGUGAGCGACAUGAUUGGCCUCAGUCCGGAGCCAGAUGAGAAAGAGUCCGACCCAAGCUUCUUCAGCAAUAUUCUGAAACCUGCCACAGCCCGUCAGAUGCGCGCGUUGCAGUUUCUGAUACAAGUAAACCACCGACAGGAGCUAAGCAGCCGCAACCUCGCCCACUUCUUCCUGCCGCUCCUUGAGCAUUUCAUUUUCGGCAAAGAAGAAGGGAGCGACGAUCAAGGUGUUGGCGCGCAAGCUGGCACUACAAUUGCUGAGAUUGCCAUAUCUCUCGACUGGCCUCAGUACCGUGCGACACUGCGCAGGUAUAUCAGCUACAUCCAGUCUAAGCCGGAGAUGCAGAAGCAGCUGGUCCGUCUGCUUGGCAAGUUCGUGGAUACCUUGGCUGUGGCGCAUGCCGAGAAGAACCAGGAUGCUAUGGACGUGGACUGCAGCGGCGAUGCCGGACCGGCGAAGAAGCGGAAGCUCGCAAGGACGAUGCCUUCGGCGGAGAAGUUCAGCGAAGAUCUUCUUGUCAAUAUUCUGCCGCCUCUGAUGGACUACAUACACGAGAAGGACGAAACAACCGUCAGCUCUCGUGUGCCCGUAGGCAUCAUCAUCGUCAAGAUCUUGAAACUGCUUCCAGAAGAGGCACUCAACCAAAAGCUUCCCGGAGUCCUAACGGACAUUUGCCACAUCCUGCGGAGUAAAGCUGAAGAGUCACGCGCCAUGGCUAGAGACACUCUUGCAAAGAUGUCUUCCUUGUUGGGACCUUCAUGCUUCGGCUUCGUGCUGGAUGAACUUCGCGGCGCUUUGACCAAAGGCUAUCAGCUGCACGUUCUAUCUUACACAAUGCAUACCAUCUUGGUACAUGUCAUCCCUCAAUUUCAGCCUGGCGAUCUCGACUACUGCCUCGACACAAUCGUGGCAGUCAUCAUGGACGACAUCUUCGGAGUGACUGGCCAGGAGAAGGAUGCGGAAGAGUACACGAGCAAGAUGAAAGAGGUGAAGAGCAGCAAGAGCCAAGACUCAAUGGAGCUGAUCGCCAAAACAGCAUCAGUCAGCCACCUGGUGAAACUGGUGCAGCCUUUACAGUCUCUUUUGAUGGAGAAGCUGGACCUCCGCAUGGUGCGCAAGAUUGACGAUCUUCUGUCGCGCAUCGCCACCGGUCUCAUGGGCAACGCCGCAGCCGAAAGUCGCGACACUCUGGUCUUCUGCUACGAGGUUAUUCAGAAAGUGUACGAGAGCCAGAAGCCCGAGGUAGAGCCAAAGCUUGACCCGAAGCUCCGCAGAUACCUGAUCCAGAAGGGAGCGAAGAAGAGCGGCGAACGGGGCACGACCAACAAGUAUACCUUCAAGCUGACUCGCUUUGCGAUCGAUGUGCUCAGAGCUGUGCUCAGGAAGCACGACAGUCUUCGCACGGCAGCCAAUAUUGCCGGCUUCAUCCCUAUCUUUGGUGAUGCCAUCGUGGCAGGUGAGGAGGAGAUUAAAAUCGCCACCUUCAAGCUUUUGGUCGUGCUUGUCAAGGUCCCGUUCAAGACCGACGAUUCCGAGAAGCUGUACAAAGUGGCUGCCAAAGACGCCAUUCGGUGUCUGUCAUCCUCGACCUCCACCACUACGGACAUAGCGCAGACAUCGUUGAAGCUCAUGUCAACAAUUUUGCGUGAUCGCCGAGAUGUGCCUGUCAAAGAGGCGGCGAUCGACAUGCUGCUGGGCAAACUAAAGGAUGAUCUGACAGAGCCUCUCUAUCGCCAUGUCACUUUCAACUUCUUACGCUCCGUCUUGGAGCGCAAGAUAGAGACUGCGACCGUCUAUGACACUCUGGACUACGUCGGCACGAUCAUGGUCACCAACGACGACAAGGAUACUCGAGACCUGGCGAGGGGAGCCUUCUUCCAGUUCUUGAGGGAAUAUCCCCAGAAGAAGAACAGGUGGGCCAAGCAGCUGAGCUUUGUGGUUGCCAACUUGCAGUACGACCGUGAAGGUGGGCGGCUCUCCGCGAUGGAGAUCAUCCACCUUCUCUUGAUGAAGUCCGCAGAUGACUUUGUCCAGGAAGUUGCCACCACCUGCUUCAUUCCUCUCAUUAUGGUCCUGGCCAAUGAUGACAGCGAGAAGUGUCGCCUCGCCGCUGGUGAACUUAUCAAGGAGAUCUUUCGCAAGGCUGACAAGGAACGGACCUCCAAAUUCCUCACACUUGUGCGUAACUGGCUCGAGCAAGACGACAAUCUCCCAGUCCUGCGCCUUGGUGUGCAAGGGUUCGCUCUGUACUUUGAGGCUCGAGAGCCAACUUCGAAGGACAAGAAGGACUUGAAUCUCCUCCUUAGCAGCCUCAUCAAAGUAUUGGAUGAAUACAAGACAAGCGCCAGAGACACCGAGCUUAUGACGACACUGCUGCAGACAAUGCCGAUGCUCAUCGAGAAGCACCCAGCAGUUGUCCUAUCGAACGGCGAGCUCUGGGAGCUGAUCACCAAGCCACUCGCGCAUGCGGAUGCGACUGUCAAGUUGGCUAGCGUGCGCUUGCUGAGCACAUACCUGGCCGACUUCUACCAAAACAACGACGUCUCCUCAGUGACCGAGACCAUUACAGGCUCUCAUGGGCUCCAACUUACACAGGAGAAGAUCCAGCAGCUUGUGAUGCAUGCAGUUGGUGUUCUGAAUCCCUCGGUGAUUGCUCGAUGGAGGCGCAAGUCGCUCAAGAGGCGCGGCAACACGGCAUUGUCUGCCGAGGAAGCAGAGAAUCUCGAGCAGACCGAGGUUGAUGAGACGUUGGCCACGGAAACUAGCCGCGUGGUUAUCAUGCUGGCGAAGUUCUUGCCUGUGGACGACGCUCCAUCUGAGGAGUCGGCGGAGGUUGAGGAGGGCACCGAUGGGCAAGACGAUGCAGAGAGUGAGGACGAAUGGACCGGGGUCGACGACGACGAUCAGGAGCCAUCAGAGACCCUUCCUGCAGUAUCCUUGCAGACAUUCUUAUCGUGGCUCUCGGACAUUCUCGUCCAGGAGACCGCGCCCAGGGCACCUUUCCUGGUUCCCAAGGUCGCGGUAGGCGACAUCCUGAGCAUCCUCCUCGCGACACUACCGACAUCUGCCCUCACCAACUCGUCCACCUUGUACACGCUGCUCACGCCUUUGCACCACUUUACGGACCCGAACAUCCCCGUGCCGUACUCGGCCGACAGCCUCUUCACUACGCGGUACGAGGCCUUGAAGACCAAGGCCGAGGAGUCCAUGGACGCUCUGCAGCGCAAGGUCGGCACGACGGCGUACACGACUGCGCUGAUGCGGGUCACGGAGCACGCGCGCAGGAGGCGUGAGGCGCGCAGCCGGAAACGCAAGAUCGAGGCGGUCAGCGCCCCGGAUCGCUACGGCAAGUGGAAGAAGGGCAAGCUGGAUCGCAAGGUACACCGGCGGAAGGAGAGGGGCCAGGAGAAUAGGAACAGGAGGCAUGCAUACUGA